AUGACGACACAGCAGUGGCCCGAUCGACAAAUCCGUCAGCUGUCCGACCGAUGUGGGGAGGACCCAAAUCAGAAAGUAAUCCACGGGGUUAUCAACUCCUUUGUUCAUGUUGAACAGUACAAGAAAAAGUUUCCUCUAAAGUUUUAUCAGGAAGUCUUUGAGGGGCCAUUCCUGACAAAAACCGGCGAGUAUUACAAACAGGAAGCCUCCAAUCUGCUGCAGGAGUCCACCUGCUCCCAGUAUAUGGAGAAGGUUUUAGGCCGGUUGAAAGACGAGGAGGUGAGAUGUCGGAAGUAUCUGCACCCCAGCUCUUACGCCAAAGUCAUCCAUGAAUGUCAGCAGAGGAUGGUGGCCGAUCACCUGCAGUUCCUGCACGGCGAGUGUCAAAAUAUCAUCAGACAGGAAAAGAGAGACGAUAUGGCGAAUAUGUACACGCUACUGCGAGCCGUGUCCAGCGGCUUACCUCACAUGAUCCAAGAAAUCCAGGUCCACAUCCACGAUGAGGGUCUCAGAGCCACCAGUAACCUCUCUCAGGAAAACAUGCCAACCCAGUUUGUGGAGUCGGUGUUGGAGGUUCAUAGUAAAUUUGUCCAGCUGAUUAACACAGUGUUGAAUGGGGACCAACACUUCAUGAGUGCGCUUGAUAAGGUACUCUUACAUUUCAACACAGUUUAUAAAGGCACCCGCAUAUCCCCACCUUACCAACUGCAUCACCUGGCUAAGUACUGUGACAAUCUGUUGAAGAAAUCUGCGAAAGGAAUGACGGAGAAUGAAGUGGAGGACAAACUGACCAGCUUCAUCACGGUCUUCAAAUACAUUGACGACAAAGAUGUGUUUCAGAAGUUUUACGCCAGAAUGCUUGCAAAGAGGUUAAUACAUGGACUUUCGUUAUCCAUGGACUCGGAGGAAGCCAUGAUCAACAAACUGAAGCAAGCGUGUGGCUAUGAAUUCACGAGCAAACUGCACAGAAUGUACACUGAUAUGAGCGUCAGCACCGACCUCAACAACAAAUUCAACAACUUUAUCAAAACCCAGGAGACUGUCGUGGACCUGGGCAUCAGCUUCCAGAUUUAUGUAUUACAGGCAGGCGCGUGGCCCCUCACACAUGUCCCCUCUUCCACGUUUGCCAUCCCGCAGGAGCUGGAGAAAAGUGUACAAAUGUUUGAGUUGUUUUAUAACCAGCACUUCAGCGGAAGGAAGCUGACCUGGCUACAUUAUCUCUGCACAGGCGAGGUAAAGAUGAAUUAUCUGUGCAAGCCCUACGUGGCGGUGGUGACCACCUAUCAGAUGGCCGUUCUGCUGGCGUUCAACAACAGCGAGACUGUGAGCUACAAAGAACUGCAGGACAGCACGCAGAUGAACGAGAAGGAGCUCCAGAAGACCAUUAAAUCCCUGCUGGACGUCAAGAUGAUCAGUCACGACUCGCAGAAAGAGGAGAUCGAAGCCGAAUCCACGUUUUCCUUAAUUAUGAGUUUCACCAGUAAAAGAACAAAGUUCAAGAUCACAACAUCGAUGCAGAAGGACACGCCACAGGAGCUGGAACAGACGAGGAGUGCCGUGGAUGAAGACAGGAAAAUGUAUUUACAGGCUGCUAUAGUGAGGAUUAUGAAAGCCAGGAAAGUCUUGAGACACAACGCCCUCAUACAGGAGGUAAUCAACCAAUCCAAAGCGAGAUUCAACCCGAGUAUCAGCAUGAUCAAGAAGUGCAUUGAGGUUCUUAUCGACAAGCAGUACAUCGAGCGAAGCCAGAGCUCUGCGGACGAAUACAGCUAUGUCGCAUGAAAACAUUCAUUUAAUGAAAGAAAAUCAAAAAAUGCCGUAAAGCGUGAACAGUAGACAUGUCUUUUAUUUUCGGCUCUGGCUGGCUCCGGCACUCAACCAUUGGAUCGAAUCGGUACUCUGCGCCUCCAUCUGUGUUAAAAAAGGGCCUCCGAGUAGCUGGACAGUCAUUAAAAGCACCCCCAUCCCACCCCCUUCUGAUUUUAUGCUGUUUACAUCACCAGUGCCACGCCCAGGGCGUCUCUGAAAAAAGAAAAUGCCUAUAGCUACUCGAACGUAAAAGGAUAAUACAUUUUUAGACGUAAUCGUGCAAGAGAAAGCGAGCGAAUGAAAUGCAUCACAUAGAGCAAAACAGGUGAAGUGUUUGAGAAACGGCCGAAAAAACAACCACGCUUUCUUUUCUCCCGUUGCAGUUGUUGUGUGUUUUCUUUUUUUAAUGUAUCAAAGUCAAAGAACUAUUGUAAUAAAACCGGUAUACUGAUAAUUGCAUUUACUUUCAAGAUAUAAAAAAACAAAUAUGAGGUGACAAACAUGAUUCUGCUGCU